GAGAGGCUGAGGCAGAGGCGGCCGGAGCGCGGCCGCGGACGCGGGGAGGGGGGCUCCGUGCGGCGGCACCGGGGGAGCGGCAGGAGAGACGAGUCGGCCGCGGCCUCGGCGACACAGGCGAUAGCAUCGUCGUUUGGCGGCGCGGCGCGGGGGGCGGGGGGUGUUGUUCCCAGCGGCUUAGAGCCCCGGCGCUUCCCCCCACCCCCACCCCCACCCCCCCCCCCCCACCCCCCAACCCCGGCUCCCCCCUCGGUACCGGGUUUCCCCGGUCGAACGGCGGUGCUGACAGCCCGCCCGGAGCACCGGGGGCGGCCGCGGACACCAUGUCCUCCCCCAGCCCGGGCAAGAGGCGGAUGGACACCGACGUGGUCAAGCUUAUUGAGAGCAAACACGAAGUCACAAUCUUAGGAGGACUCAAUGAAUUUGUUGUGAAGUUUUAUGGACCACAAGGAACACCAUAUGAAGGUGGAGUUUGGAAAGUUAGAGUCGACCUUCCUGAUAAAUACCCUUUCAAAUCCCCAUCUAUAGGAUUCAUGAAUAAAAUUUUCCAUCCCAACAUUGACGAAGCGUCAGGAACUGUAUGUCUAGAUGUAAUCAAUCAGACUUGGACAGCUCUCUACGAUCUCACCAAUAUAUUUGAAUCGUUCCUGCCCCAGCUGCUGGCCUAUCCUAACCCCAUAGAUCCUCUAAAUGGUGACGCUGCAGCCAUGUACCUGCACCGACCAGAGGAGUACAAACAGAAAAUUAAAGGUAAGAGAGUAAAGAACAUAGAAUCACAGAAGGGUUUGGCUUGGAAGGGACCUGACCAUCUAGUCCCAACCCCCCUGCAUGGGCAGGGACACCUCCCACCAUUCCAGGCUGCUCCAAGCCCCAUCCAACCUGCCCUUCAACACAGGAAAGCUUACGAGUUAAUCGCUGGCCAGGUGGGUGACCCCGGCGCUUCGCAGGCCUCCAACAUCCCUCCUUUUGGGAUCUCAAAGGUCUCCCUGGGUAGGGAAGCUCUGUGA